AUGGCCUCCGCAGGCCCCUCUGGCAGCUCUAUCAACGAGCUUGCAUCUAAGCUUUACGACGAAUGUUUGAAGAGAUACGACUCUGAUCAUCUCUUCUAUCAACAAGACCUGCUGGGCUUGGGUGUCGUCGAGAGGAAUAACCUACCACUUCUGCUGCAAUGCACACAGUUGCUUGUUGACCAAAAACUGUUUCGCCUGCUUCAGGGCAAAAAUGAUCGUUUGGCAUGGAAGAUCAUUUCUCGGGAAGAUGCUGAGAAGCUUCAGAAUCUCAGCCCCGACGAGAGUCUAGUCUACAAUGUCAUCCACUCGACAGGACGCAACGGCAUCUGGGUCCGUGCGAUUCAGAAUCGGACUAACUUACACAAAUCUAUUCUAGAUCGUUGCCUCAAAUCACUGGAAGGGAAGAGUUACAUCAAGAGUGUCCACAAUGUCAAGUUUCCGAGUCGGAAGAUGUAUAUGCUGGCCGGCCUUGCUCCGAGUGAGGAUGUGACGGGUGGUGCUUGGUUUACCGACGGAGUACUGGACGCGAACUUUAUCAGUACGGUUGCUGGCUUCAUCGAGUAUACCGUUAGUCGGAAGAGCUGGUAUGAGGUUCCUGCUACCGGGAACAAGCGCUUGAAAACGGCCGACGGGCGCGCCUCGGUAAAGCAGGAAUCGGGUGAAAAGAAAUAUCUCCCUUAUCCUGCCGGCUAUCAGGGCUAUCCGACGGUCGCGAUGAUUACUGCGGCAGUGAACGAAAGUGGGAUCACACCAGUCCGGCUCGGAGAGGAGAGCAUCAUACAAUUGCUGGAGAUGCUCUGCUAUGACAAGAAGCUCGUUGCGCUGAACAAUGGUCAAUUCUACAAAUCGGUCAAGAAUCCCGCAGCUGUGAAAAUGGAAAAGAAUCGGAAACCGGAGGGUGAUGUGGAGGACGUGGGCGACAAGCUGGUCACGAACGGCAUGACCGAAGUACCCUGCGGUCCAUGCCCUGUCUUCAAGCUCUGCGUCCCUGGAGGCGCUGUGAGUCCGGAGACCUGCGAGUAUUUCGAUCCUUGGCUGCAAAAGGCCCUCGGAUUUUAG